AGACCGGAAGCACUUCACUGAAUUGGUAGUGCAUUGUGGGAAGACGGAAAAAGGCUCAAAAAGAUCAUACGCGAAAGCGACGAGUGCACGUUGGCUGGUCACCAUAAAUUACAUUUACUACAAAAGGAACAUAAGAACAAAACAUGUCUAUCGGCGUCCCCAUAAAAGUCCUCCAUGAAGCAGAGGGACACAUCGUGACCUGUGAGACCAACACUGGAGAGGUGUACCGGGGCAAGCUGAUUGAAGCUGAGGACAACAUGAACUGCCAGAUGUCCAACAUCACAGUUACCUAUCGUGAUGGGAGAGUUGCACAGCUGGAGCAGGUCUACAUACGGGGCAGCAAGAUCAGAUUUCUGAUUCUACCAGACAUGCUGAAAAAUGCCCCCAUGUUAAAGAGCAUGAAAAACAAAAACCAGGGAUCUGGAGCUGGAAGAGGCAAAGCAGCUAUUCUAAAAGCACAGGUGGCUGCACGUGGUCGAGGCCGUGGAGGAAUCGGCAGAGGCAACAUUUUCCAAAAGAGGAGAUAAACCACUCUGGAUGUUCUUUCCUUUGUUAUAUAGAUCUGUUUUUAUUUUUUGCCCCUGAAUUGGAUAUCAUGGUUCUUGUUUUCAAUGUUGCGCAGUUUAUUGCUUCAUUUUCAUUUUUUAUGAAAAUAAAUUCUAAAAUGUA